GUAAAAGGUAUGAACCGCUUUCGAAUCGAGCUCAGUUUCUCAACAGAGAGCACAGAGACGUUCUAGAAGAAAACAUAAACGGGAUAUACGUCUUUGACGUUUUAGAGUCCCCUAUAAUCACGAGAUUUCAGUCAGUUGUUCUUCGGAAGUGGCCAAUUACUAGGGUCAGAGGUCGGAAUUUUUGUACCAACAAUGAUCAGUUGUGGAUAUUGAUUUAGAGAUAUUGUUGAUCAAAAACACCUUCGAUCUACUAUGGCGUUCUUGUGAAAUAAGUGUUGUUAGAAAGUGAUCGAUCAAAAUGGGUAGUUUUAAGAAUUUUUACUUUGUGUUAUUGUUUCUUGUGUUAGUUGAAGUUCAUCUAGUUAUUUGUAAAAGGACCAGUGGGAGAGUUUCAAGACCUUCGAGACCCAGACCUAACCCGACACAUAGGCCAUAUACAGCUGCUCCCACUCAAAGACCCUACACAAUGUCACCAACCCGUGCGCCAACAUACAGACCUUUUCCUUCUCAAGCACCAACAUACAGACCACAAUCUGUACCAGGAAGGAAUCCAACCUACAAACCUGCCACUCAACCUGGAAGAUAUCCGACUCAACCAUCGAAAUAUCCAACUCAACCAUCGAGAUACCCACAAGGUCCCCCACCUGCCUAUCCAGGAAAUCAACCAGGAGGAUACAGACCACCCUUCGUCCAACCAAACCAACAAAGCUACCAAAGACCUCUACAAAUCCCUCAACCUGGUGGCAAGACAAAAGUUAAAGUAUACAACAUAAACAACUAUCACUCUCCAAGUUAUUAUGCACCGAUGGUAUACCCCUCUUAUCGUUACGCACCUGUCAGUACCGGAAGUGGCGUCCUCGGCUUCUUCCUAGGUUAUUCCCUUGCCAGAAUCACCAGUCCAACCUAUUCUCGGUGCUAUUCUUGUUACAACGGAUACGUACCGAGGUACGACCAUUAUACAGUGCAUCAUUACUACCACAACAAUGCUAAUGUACCCAAACAACAGACUGUUACCACUAACAACAUAAUCACAUGUGGGGACAGUUCUCAGAUAUGUCCAGCUAACACAGUUUCCUUAUGUACAACAUCAGGUCAGAUUAUGUGUGUUGUUGCUGCCACCAAAACUGUUCCUUGUGAGAAAGAUCCUAAUCUGAAGUGCGUCCAAAGUAGUGUACCUUGUGAAAACAACGACGCACCUGAAUGUAAAGGGAAAUCUAAAGGAGAUACCACUACAGUCAACAUUCCUUGCAUAUCUAAUACAGUCAUCGAAGGAAAUGUGACAACAGUGAACAACACCAUUGUAUCUAACGAUCCUGUUCAAAAUACCACAACCACAACAGAUGCAUCAACAACCAUAACUUCAAUUGUGGAGACUACCACAUCAAAUACCUUCCCAUCUCUGGGUGCCAAUGAAACUUUUCCUUCUUUGGGAAGUAAUACAACUCAGAAUCGAGCAAAAAGAGAAGCUGCUCAACCUUAUUGCGUUGCUAUACUUGCAGAACCUGCUGAAAGGAAAUCCACUGACGGUGAAGAGGCCUUCAAUGAAGUGACAAAUGUUUUUGAAAAGUUUUUCGCCAGUGCGUUCAACAUUCAAGAUCAGAAAACGUAAAAUAAUAUAAUUUUAUAUAAAGUGAGAAGAGCCAAAUUAUUGUUGAUAUGAUUUGUUAUUGCCAGAAUUGUCUGUUGAUAUAUUUUCUGUGAUUGUAAUUCAGAUAUUGAAAUAUUUAUUGACCAAAUUACAUAACUAAAAUUCAUCGCUAGAGUGCCUUUGGUGUUGCUGUUGUUCAAAUGAUGCAUGAAUUUCUGUUUUAAUUUUUAAGAAAUGUUGUAUACUUUUUUGUAGAACUGCAAAAUUUAAAUUUUUUUAUGGAUAUAAUGUUUUGUUUUUCUAUUAUGGAAGUAUUCGAUAUUUAGCUGUAUAAGUUUAGCACACAAAAACACAAUAAAGUUGAAAUUCUAUUGA